AUCAUAAUUCAUAAAAAAAAAAAUACUAUUUUACGCGUUGUUGUGACAGAGCUGAUGGAUCCACCGCAUGAAUGAACGCUGGUUUAUUGCACAUUCUCAGGUACAUACGGCCGCUAUACAAUAAAUAAAUAUAUACAAGGUAACUCUCCCUACAAUAUGCAUUACAAAUUAUAUAUUCACGUAACGUUAAUAUAAAGGCAGAAGUAGGCCGGUGGGUUAUUAGGUAGGGAGGGAAAUAUAACUGCUUUGGACAUAAUUUAUCUACUGCUAAAUCAUCACAGGCUGAAAUGUAUAAUAAUAUGCAAAUACGAACAUAUAGCCUACAUCGCUUGUGCGUAGCAGCAAAGUGUCGGAGGCAAUUCAUUAAUGCGGAUUAUACCAAAUACAUCUGAACAAUACAGUGGCGGAAAUAUCCCGGAAAGCAGUUAUGAUCCUAGCAGGGAAAAAUCCAUUUGAAUAGAGAGCGCAAGCGAGCAGAGUGGGCUACGUGUUCACACAGGUCCUGACUGAGCGUUUGUGAGCGAGAAGGAAUAAAGGCGAGAUCCAGAGAGGGAGGCCAGUCGAUGGAUGUUGCCUGGGCUGAGGGGACGGCACAUUCUUCACUGACGAAGCAGGAAACGGAUUCAAAAUUGAGGGGAAAGGGAGAGAUUCACCUGGAGGCAUGGUGUGGUGUGAGAAGGGGAUCCAGAUCCUGCUCACCAUCGUCGGGGCCUUUGCCGCGUUUGGCCUGAUGACUGUGGCCAUCGGCACUGACUACUGGCUCUAUGCCCGGGCUUUUAUCUGCAACAGCACUGCCAACUCCUCACAGGAUGAGUCCCAGAACAAAGACAAGAAGGACCCCGGAGCGCUCACCCACUCUGGCCUCUGGAGAAUCUGCUGCCUCGAAGGGCUGAAGAGAGGAGUGUGCUCACAGAUCAAUCAUUUCCCUGAAGACGCUGACUAUGACCACGAUGGGGCGGAGUACCUUUUACGCGUGGUCCGAGCAUCCAGCAUCUUCCCCAUCCUUAGCGCUAUUCUCCUGCUAACGGGAGGAGUGUGCAUCGCUGCCAGUCGCUUCUACAAGAGCAAGAGGAACAUUGUUCUGGGUGCCGGAAUUCUCUUUGUGGCUGCAGGUCUCAGCAACAUCAUAGGGGUAAUAGUGUACAUCUCAGCGGCUUUGGGUGACAUCUCCCCGAAAAAGGAUGAGGACAAGAAGUGGCACUACUCCUAUGGCUGGUCCUUCUACUUCGGGGGCCUGUCCUUCAUCCUGGCGGAGAUGGUUGGGGUGCUGGCUGUCAACAUCUACAUCGAGAAGAACAAGGAGCUGCGCUGCCGCUCGCGCACCGACCUCCUAAAGAGCACCACCCACGCCGUGCUGCGGCUCCCUAGCUACCGCUUCCGCAAUCGCUCCCGGUCCAGUUCCCGCUCCACCGAGCCCUCGCGCUCCCGUGACCCCUCGCCAGUCGGCGCCGGGAAGAACUUCAGCAUCGCACCCUCAAGCCUUCUCCCUCCCCAGCCAGCCCCUCCGCCCAUCUCAGUCGCCACCCUGCCCAACCCGCACUCGCACACCACCCAUUCGGCGCUGGGUGGAGACAUCUCCAUGUACACCCUGUCGCGGGACCCCAAGCUGGCUGGUCUAGGGGGACUGAGCACAGCCCCCAUGUACGGGACAGUGGAUCGAGCCACCCUCUACCAACUGCACAACUGCUUCCCCAAGGAGGGUGCGUCUGGAGCGAUGCUGAGCGGCACCUUGCCCUCGCUGUCCAAGCUGAAGGCCAACAACCCCGCACUGGCUCAAAACUCAUCUAGUAGCAAUGUACCCCUACCAAACUCCUCCUCCGCCUCUGUCCCUCCUGCCCAGGCCCCUCCUUCUCUGUCAUCAUCAACAGUGGACAGGGAAAGGGCUGUUGGCACCCUCGAUAGACUAGGCAAAGCAGAGAGAGAGCGGGAGAGUGGUAAUUCAAACACCCUGAAUAGGAAGACAACACCAGUGUAGACAGCCGUAUCGAGGAGUACGGAGGGACAUGACUGUGAGGCAUAUCAAGGGUGAUGGUAGGUAUUAGCCAGCGUGUAGAGCCACACCAGGGGAGAGUUAUAUGUACCUCAUUUGUGUUCACUCCCCUUUUUUAGAUACCGUAUUCCGCAGAAAUUAGUAAAUUGUCAUUUUUGUUAUGAUGCAUAAUCACCACAAUGUUUAUUGCUUAAUUGAAAAUUAUUAGUUCAUUAAUGUGACAAUUACUGUUAUACUUGGAACGCCAUUUUUUUUUUACUCUUUAAUUACUGACAGUUACAGUGUGGUACCAUUAAUAGAGAACACAUUUUUGUGCUUUAUAAUAGGUUUUAUGGUCUCAGAUUUAAUAAGAUCUUAUUGUUGUUCUUACAAUAGUUGUGCUAAUCUUGGUUUGCGAAGUUAAUUUUUGAAAUAAUGCUUUUUAAAUUACUUUUUUAUUGUUUUGUUUUUGAAGGAUACAAACUGAUUCCUUGCGCAGUGACAUAAAGUCAUCAUCGAUGUAUAUGAGCAAGAGAUUGAGCGAAUGAUUGCAAUUGUUGUUAUUGCUAUUGUUAUAAUUAUUGUUAUUGCUAUUAUGUUUUUGGUGAAAUUGUUUUUAUUUGGUUGAAUUUGAACACGUUAAUAGAAGUUGUCAAUUUUUCUUAUAAAACAGGUAAAAUUCCAUUAACUAUAAUGACUGGUAGAAUAACCUACCUGAGAGAAACUAAACUAGUGACUGACAAGUGUUGUCUAUAUCAUGACUUUUAUAUUUAUCUGUACUGCUGUUCAUUUUGUUAUUAGUAACAGUAAUAGUAUUUUUUUAUCGUUAUCAUUUGGAAUUGUUGCGGGCUUUUGGCUAUCACUGUAAACGUGAGUUUUGAUGACCAAUGAGCGUAUCCUUCUACAGGGAAACACUGCUGCACUGACACACUGUUUCACUGACACACUGAUACACUGUUUCACUGAUACACUGUUUCACCAGACUCUGCUGCCAUUUCUAAUGGGACUGCAAAGCAGGGACUACAAAAAAGAUAUAAAUGCAUAUGGGAAAAAUUAUUUUGGAGAAAAAUAUUUUAAAAGAUUUCAAUAUAAAUUCAAUAUAAGUAUAUGCUAUGUAUAAAUAUAUUGAUAACGUUGGUAAAACGUAUAUAAUUUUAGAGCAGUUUUAAAUGUGGUGGGGAUAUAUUUUUGUUUAUUAUUCCUUGCUAUAUAAAUAAUAUGAACAUCAAAACAUUCAGUGAAUUUACUAAGAAAAAAACACCAUAAUUAAUUCAGACUGCCAUUGAUUUAGCAAAUACCUCUAUAUAUUUGACCUUCUGUUUGUCCUUAUAUAAAUAUAUACAUGAAUAGACGCUGUUUGAUGUGAAAAAGUCUUGGGGAAAUAAACUAAUACCGUUGGAGUGGAGUCACAA